AUGGGCAACAAGCAGUUUGGACUUUUGGACACCUGGCUGUUGCCGCUGCGCCAGCUGCACGAGCAUAAUUAUGACUUUUUGAGGCCCAUGUCUACUGAAGAGGCGGCCAUGAAACUGGCUGAACUAAAUGUUCGUGAGGGUCUUAAUGUGGUUAAGCAGAAGGGCGUUGUUCUGAACGCCAUUCAUGAGCGUGAACUCCAGCUCCAUGGUCUGAUCUAUGAUACCAGAUCAGGUAUCCUCAGUGAAUUAGACUUCAGGAACUGA